AUGUGUCCUUGUCAAAAUUAUGAUAAUAAAAUUAUGACUGCUUGUGUCCUCCUCUUGCUGGUUCUUCCCUAUUCCUUUCAGCCAACGGCAUCACGUCCUGCCCAAAUAAGACUCGUGAACGGCCCUGACCCCUGCACAGGGCGACUGGAGGUGUUUUACAAUGGCACCUGGGGGACGGUGUGUGACGACCACUGGAGCCUUGCAGGAGCCCGUGUGGUGUGCCGGCAGCUGGGCUGUGGGAUGGGUCUGUCUGCUGUUGGUGGGGCUCGGUAUGGGCGAGGAGAAGACCCCAUCUGGCUGGACAACGUGCAGUGCACCGGGACAGAAGCUGCUCUUUCUGAGUGCCAGGCACGGCCCUGGGGAGCUCACAACUGUGGGCAUGGGGAAGACGUCAGUAUUGUGUGCUCGGGGGCACCCACUCCAAGUCUGACCCGUGCCAGGCUGGUGAAUGGCCCUGGCCCCUGCUCUGGCAGAGUGGAAGUCUUCCAUGACAGCAGAUGGGGCACCGUGUGUGAUGACGGCUGGAACCUGACAGAUGCUGAGGUGGUGUGCAGGGAGGUGGGCUGUGGCUCAGCUCUGUCAGCUCCACCUGACGCUGCCUUUGGGCAAGGGGAAGGACCCAUCUGGCUAGAUGAUGUGACCUGUGCUGGGACAGAGACUUCCCUUUCUCUGUGUCAGGCCAGUUCCUGGGGAAGUCAUAAUUGCAAGCAUGAUGAGGAUGCUGGUGUUGAAUGCUCAGAACCAACUCAAGUACGUUUGGUGAAUGGCUCCAGCCAUUGCUCAGGGAGAGUUGAGGUCCACCACAACCAGCGGUGGGGGACAAUUUGUGAUGAUGGCUGGGACCUGAGAGAUGCAGAGGUGGUGUGCCGGCAGCUGGGCUGUGGGACGGCUGUGUCAGUCCCUGGCAAGGCUCACUUUGGGCAAGGACACGAUCCCAUCUGGCUGGAUGAGGUGAACUGCACAGGGACAGAAGGCGCCAUCACAGAAUGUAGUUUGGAGCCCUGGGAGGAACACAACUGCAAUCACAACGAAGAUGCUAGUGUUGUGUGUUCAGAGCCCACAGAACUGCGGCUAGUGAAUGGCCCGAAUCGCUGCGCUGGGCGCGUUGAGGUGCUUCACCACCAGCAGUGGGGCACUGUGUGUGACAAUCACUGGGACAUGGAGGAUGCCAAAGUGGUGUGUCGUCAGCUGGGCUGCGGUGCUCCAAUCUCUGCUCCAGGCUGGGCCAGGUUUGGCAGAGGCUACGACCCCAUCUGGCUGGAGAAAGUGACCUGCUCGGGGACUGAGGCUGCCCUUAGUGAGUGUGAAGCCCAGACAUGGGGAGUCCACAGCUGCCACCAUGGGGAAGACGCCAGCGUGGUGUGCUCAGAACCAGAGGUGGUUCGGCUGGUGAAUGGCCCAAGCCGCUGUGCUGGGAGAGUUGAAGUCCUUCAACAGCACCAAUGGGGGACGGUGUGUGACAAUGCCUGGGACCUGAGUGACGCAGAAGUGGUGUGCUGGCAGCUGGGCUGUGGGACAGCAGCUGCAGCUCUGGGCUUGGCUCACUUUGGCCAGGGACACGGUCCCAUCUGGCUGGCUGAGGUGAACUGCACGGGAACAGAAACUGCCCUCUCCAAAUGUGGGGCCAGGCCCGAAGGAGUCCACCUCUGCCACCAUGGAGAAGACGCUGGUGUGGUGUGCUCAGGUAGCUGCUGAUCAUCUGCCGAUGAGCUUUUGGACCCUACUGAGGUCCGGCUGGUGAAUGGCUCAAACCGUUGCUCUGGGAGAGUCGAGGUGCUGCAUAACCAGCGAUGGGGAAGUGUGUGUGAUGACGGCUGGGGCCUGGAUGAUGCAGAAGUGGUAUGCCAGCAACUGGGCUGUGGUACAGCUAUCUGGGCUCCGCCUGCAGCUCGGUUUGGGCUGGGGUACGACCCCAUCUGGCUCGACGAUGUGAAUUGCACAGGCUCAGAGGCUGCCCUCUCCGAGUGCAGAGCCAGGCCAUGGGGAGACAACAACUGUAAUCACAAAGAAGAUGCCGGUGUGGUGUGUGCAGGUAAGCUACUUUCAUUCCUUCAUGGUCUCCGGCUGGUGAAUGGCUCCAGCCGCUGCUCUGGGAGGGUCGAGGUCCUUCGUAACCAGCGGUGGGGGACUGUGUGUGAUGACGGCUGGGACCUGAGUGAUGCAGAGGUGGUGUGCCGGCAGCUGGGCUGUGGGACGGCUGUGUCAGCUCCAGGCUCAGCUCACUUUGGGCAAGGCUCCAGCCACAUCUGGCUGCAGGGUGUUGAGUGCACAGGGACAGAAGCUGCCCUCUCUGAAUGCAGGUCCAGGACGGGGCAACAGAGUUAUUGCAGCCAUGGUAAAGAUGCUGGUGUUGUGUGCUCAGGUAAGUUUUUUCUUGAAUACCAUCCUGUGGCACUACGACUGGUGAAUGGCUCGAGUUUCUGUGCUGGGAGAGUCGAAGUGCUCCACAAGCAACUGUGGGGAACAGUGUGUGAUGACGGCUGGGACAUGGAGGAUGCUGCAGUCGUGUGCCGGCAGCUGGGCUGUGGGGUGGUGGUCUCAGCCCCUGGCAGAGCUUUGUUUGGGCGAGGGCAUAAUGCCAUCUGGAUGGAUGACGUGAACUGCACAGGGGGGGAAGACACCCUCUUGGAGUGCCUGGCCAGGCCAUGGGGGGAACACAACUGUGACCAUGGGGAAGAUGCUGGUGUGGUGUGCUCAGAACCAGUUGCAUCCCAGAGGGUUCCCCUCCGCUUGCUGGAUGGACCGCACCGCUGCGCUGGCCGAGUUGAGGUAUACUACAGCAACAGGUGGGGCACGGUGUGCGAUGACCACUGGGACCUGAACGAUGCCAACGUGGUGUGCCAUCAGCUGCACUGUGGCAUCGCCUUGUCCACCAGCAGACCUGGCCAGUUCAGGGCGGGGUCUGGCCCCAUCUGGCUGGACGAUGUCAACUGCACGGGGACGGAGGUGGCGCUUUCCUACUGCAGAGCGAAUGACUGGGGGAAGAACAAUUGCCACCAUGGUGAAGAUGCUGGUGUGGUUUGUGCAGGGAACGCUGGUUCCGCAGGGCUGCGCCUGGUCAACGGCCCGAACCGCUGUGCUGGGAGAGUGGAGCUGCUGUAUGAUCAUGAGUGGGGAACCGUGUGUGAUGAUGACUGGAGCUUCACAGAUGCCAAAGUCGUGUGUCGGCAGCUGGGCUGUGGGACGGCGGUCUCAGCUUAUAGCUCAGCAUACUUUGGCCAGGGAACAGGCCCCAUUUGGCUAGACAACGUUCAGUGCAGUGGGACAGAAGCUGCUCUGUCUGAAUGCCAGGCCAGGCCAUGGGGAGUCAAUAACUGUGACCACGGAGAAGAUGCUGGAGUUGUGUGUGCAGGCACAGCUGUCAAUAUACCGGCUCAGCUGCGCCUGCAGAAUGGCCCCAGCCGCUGUGCAGGAAGAGUGGAGGUGCUCCACGACCAUCAGUGGGGGACAGUGUGUGAUGACGGCUGGAGCCUAAGCGAGGCCACAGUGGUGUGCCGACAGCUGAGUUGCGGGACGGCAGUCUCAGCUCCGGUUCUGGCUCACUUUGGGCCAGGGUCUGGCCGUGUCUGGCUGGAUAACGUGAACUGCACCGGGGCUGAAGCCGCCCUCUCUGAGUGCCACGCCAGGCCUUGGGGAUCCAACGACUGUGACCAUGGGGAGGAUGCUGGUGUGGUGUGCUCAGACAUGGACACGUCAAGGCACCAUGUGCUGCGGCUGGUGAAUGGAUCGAACAGCUGCAUUGGGAGAGUUGAGGUUCUUCACGACCAGAAGUGGGGAACUGUGUGUGAUGACACGUGGGACAUAAACGAUGCUGCAGUUGUGUGCAGGGAGCUGGGCUGCGGGACGGCAAUGUCAGCACCAGGCUCAGCUCAUUUUGGGCAAGGGUCGGACCCCAUCUGGCUGGACAAUGUGCACUGCGUGGGGACAGAGUCCACCUUUGCGGAGUGUCGGCUGAAAAGCUGGGGAGAGCACAACUGUGGCCACAGUGAGGAUGCCGGUGUGGUGUGCUCAGGUAAAUCCACAAGGACCAGGACCUCAUCCCCUCUGCUCUCCGCUGCAGGCACCAACCCCUUGCAGCUGCGGGUUAAGGAUGGUCCGGGUCCCUGCUCAGGGCACGUGGAGGUGCUGUACAACGCCACCUGGUACGGUGUCUGUGACAGUGACUGGAGCUUGCUGGAGGCGCAGGUGGUCUGCAAGCAGCUGGGCUGUGGACCGGCACAGUCUGCCCCCAUCGGAGGCCAGUUCAGCCCAGGGCGUGGCCACACCUUACUGGAAGGGCUUAGCUGCCGGGGCUCUGAGACUCUGCUCCUGGAGUGCCAGCAGAGAAAUAUGGGUCCGGGGCAGUGCAAACACGGCUUUGCAGCUGGGGUGGUGUGUACAGAGAUGGAAGGUGCAGCCUCCCCGGACCCAGAGGGGCUUCGUCUGGUGGACGGCCCCGGCCGCUGUGCUGGGCGAGUGGAGGUGCUCCACAACGGGACGUGGGGGACGGUGUGCGAUGACAACUGGAGCGUCCGUGAGGGCAGGGUUGUGUGCCGCCAGCUGGGCUGCGGGACGGUGCUGUCCGUCUCACAGGGGGCUCGGCACGGUGAAGGCACGGGCCAGAUCUGGCUGGAUGAAGUGAACUGCACGGGGACGGAAGCUGCCCUCUCUGAAUGCCAGGCCAGGCCGUGGGGGCAGCACAACUGCCACCAUGUGGAAGAUGCCAGCGUUGAGUGCUCAGGUAGUCCCAGUGCCCCGCCAUGCAGCACCUCCAUGCCUGUUCCCUCCUCAGAGUUGGGCCGGCUCCAGCUGCUCAAUGGCCCCAACCGCUGUGCGGGGAGAGUGGAGGUGCUGCAUGACCACAUGUGGGGCACCAUCUGCGAUGAUGCCUGGGACCUCAUGGAUGCCACUGUGGUGUGCCGGCAGCUGGGCUGCGGGACGGCGCUGAUGGCCACCAAGGGGGCUCACUAUGGGAGAGGCCAGGACCCCAUUUGGUUGGACGAGGUGAACUGCACAGGCACAGAGGCCACCAUCUUCGACUGCAAGGCCAGCGCGUGGGGGGUCAACAACUGCUACCAUGGCGAGGAUGCUGGUGUGGUGUGUUCAGAGGGCGAUCAGGUCCGGCUGGUGAACUACGGGAGCCGCUGCGCUGGAAGGGUUGAGAUCUUUCACAACAAGCAGUGGGGAACCGUGUGCGACGACAGCUGGGAUUUGCUGGAUGCCAACGUGGUGUGCAGGCAGCUGGGCUGUGGGAGAGCCCUCUCAGCCCCUGGAUGGGCUCAGUUUGGGCAAGGGGCUGGUGUCAUCUGGCUGGAUGAGACAAAUUGCACAGGGUUUGAGUACGCCCUGUCUACCUGCUGGGCCAGGUCAUGGGGCAUCAAUAAUUGCUAUCACGGGGAAGACGCUGGUGUGGUGUGCUCAGACGCGAUCAUCCCGGAGCCUGCUCGUCUCCGACUGGUGAAUGGCUCUCACCGCUGUGCUGGCCGAGUGGAGGUGUUUCAGAAUGAGGAGUGGGGAGCUGUGUGUGACCAUGGCUGGGAUAAGAAGGAUGCUGAGGUCGUGUGCCGGCAGCUGGGCUGUGGGACAGCGCUGUCAGCCUCAGGGGAAAUUCACCUGGGUUCUGGAUCUCUCCGCAUGUGGCUGGACAAUGUGAGCUGCGAGGGGACUGAACAAUCCCUUACGAAAUGCAGGGCGAGCCCAUUGGGAAAAAGCAGUUGCAGCCAUGGGAAGUAUGCCAGCGUGGUGUGCUCAGGCUCUGCUGUUUCCAGCUUUGCCCCAGUCCGGCUGGUGGAUGGCCCAGGACGUUGUGCUGGGAGAGUGGAAGUGUUUCACCGCGAGCAAUGGGGAACUGUGUGUGAUGACAGCUGGGAGUUCCCAGACGCUGCGGUGGUGUGCCGGCAGCUGGACUGCGGGGUGGUUAUUUCAGCCCCACGGAGGGCUUACUUUGGCCAGGGACGGGGCCCCAUCUGGCUGGAUGACGUGAACUGCACGGGGACGGAGGCUGCCCUUUCCGAAUGCAAGCUCAAGGGAUGGGGUGUCCAUGGCUGUGAUCACGAUGAAGAUGCCAGCGUGGUUUGCUCAGGAUCGGGUAUUUCUGACCUCGGAGACCUCCGUCUUGUGAAUGGCUCAGACAAAUGCUCAGGGAGACUUGAGGUUUUUCAUGACCAGCGCUGGGGAACUGUCUGUGCCGACGGCUGGGACCUGGCCGAAGCCCAUGUGGUGUGCAGGCAGCUGGGCUGUGGGGCAGCGCGCUCAGCCACGGACUCGUCCCAGUUUGGGACUGGACCUGACCUGCUCUGGGUGGAUGCUGUGGAGUGCACCGGGACGGAGCGAGCCCUCUUCGAAUGCAAGGUCAAGCUCUGGGGAGCCCAGAGCUGCAAGUCUAGGGGAUAUGCAAGUGUCGUGUGCUCUGUGGCCGUAGACUCAGACCUGGGGAGUCCAGAAGCCCUGCGGCUGGUGAACGGUCCCCACCGCUGCUCAGGGCGGGUGGAGGUGUUCCACAGCUGGCAGUGGGGCACCAUCUGUGAUGAUGGCUGGGACCUGAAUGAUGCCAAAGUGGUGUGCCGGCAGCUGGGCUGUGGGACAGCGGUGUCAGCCCAAGGGUUAUCUUCCUUUGGGCAAGGGUCUGGCCCCAUCUGGCUAGAGGGGGUGAGAUGUCUUGGGACAGAAGCAACCCUUGCUGAAUGCCCCAUCAAGCCUUUGGGACUCCAUGGAUGUAGCCAUAUGGAAGAUGCCAGCGUUGUGUGCUCAGGCUCAGGGAUCUCCAGAAUCACCGUGCUUCGGCUGGUGGGUGGUUUGAACACGUGCAUCGGGAGGGUUGAGAUGUUUUAUAACAACGAGUGGGGGACAGUCUGCGAUGACAACUGGGACAUGAGCGAUGCCACGGUGGUGUGCCGGCAGCUGGGCUGUGGGACGGCUCUUUCAGCCCCAGGAUCGGCUCGGUUUGGGUGGGGAUCCGGCCGCAUCUGGCUGGAUGAAGUCAACUGCACGGGGGAAGAAAAUGACAUCUCCCAGUGCAAAGCAAAGACGUGGGGUGUCCACAACUGCCACCACGGGGAAGAUGCUGGCGUGGUGUGCUCAGGAAACUCGAGCUCAGCUGAACUGCGGCUCGUGAACGGCCCCAGCCGCUGCACCGGGAGAGUGGAGGUGCUGCAUGAUGGGCAGUGGGGGACGGUGUGUGACGACGGCUGGGACCUGAACGACGGCAAAGUGGUGUGCCGGCAGCUGGGCUGCGGGGCGGUGCUGUCAGUCCCCGGCAGGGCUCGCUUCGGGCAAGGCACCGGGCGCAUCUGGCUGGAUGACGUGAGCUGUGCCGGGUCUGAGGACACCCUUUCCCACUGCCGAGCCAGCCCAUGGGGACGGACUAACUGCAACCACAGAGAAGACGCCAGCGUGGUGUGCUCAGAGCCGGACACCUCAAAAUCCUCCUUACUGCGUCUGGUGAACGGCCCCAACCGCUGCACCGGGAGAGUGGAGGUGUUUCACGACGGGCAGUGGGGGACGGUGUGUGAUGACGGCUGGGAUCUGCGGGCUGCCACCGUGGUGUGCCGGCAGCUGGGCUGUGGUAGGGCUGAGUCGGCCCCCAGCGGGGCUCGCUUUGGGCAAGGCACCGGGCACAUCUGGCUGGAUGAUGUGAACUGUGCCGGGACUGAGGACACCCUUGCCCACUGCCGAGCCAGACCCUGGGGACAGAAUAAUUGCAACCAUGCAGAAGAUGCCAGCGUGGUGUGCUGGUCAGUAAAAUUCUGCAACGAGAGGCAUUGCCAGGGCCAGGGUGGGGGUAGGGGGUCUGUUCUGCAUCUUAUUGCCAUUAUGGUGAUGCUGCAGUGGGCUGGCACUGGAUUUCUCUGGUUUUGGGCUUACUUCAGCCGAGGGGCUGAUUCCAUCUAGCUGAGCAGAGUGGCCUGUACCAGGACAGAAAAUGUCCUUGUCCGAAUCUCUGGUGAAUGACCAUUUGGAAUCGCCAGGUGCAGCCACCUGCAUGAUGCUGGUGUGGUGUGCUCGGUGUUGUCAAAUGCUGGCACUGCCAACAAGUCAACUGUUCGGCUGGUGGAUGGCCCUCACCACUGUGCCGGGAGAGUCGAGGUGUUUCACAGCCAGCAGUGGGGCACCGUGUGUGAUGAUGGCUGGGACCUGAACGAUGCUGCGGUGGUGUGCCGGCAGCUGGGCUGCGGGGCGGCUGUGUCGGCCACAGCACAUGCUUCCUUUGGACGAGGGAUGGACCCCAUCUGGCUGGACAGAGUUUCUUGCUCCGGAAGAGAAAACGCCCUCACUGAAUGCAGGGCCAGGCCCUGGGGAAUCAAUAGCUGCACUCAUGAAGAAGAUGCCGGUGUUGUGUGCUCAGACACGAGCACCGCAGUGGAGGCACAGGUCCGCCUGGUGGACGGCCCCAACCACUGCACUGGGAGAGUGGAGGUGCUGCACGACGGGCAGUGGGGGACGGUGUGUGACGACAACUGGGACAUGAGGGCUGCCACCGUGGUGUGCCGGGAGCUGGGCUGUGGUAGGGCUGAGUCGGCCCCUGGCAGGGCUCACUUUGGGCAAGGCACUGGGCGCAUCUGGAUGGAUGACGUGAACUGUGCUGGGACGGAGGACACCCUUGCCCACUGCCGAGCCAGACCCUGGGGACAGAAUAAUUGCAACCACGUGGAAGAUGCCAGCGUGGUGUGCUCAGAUGACGGUUCCCCCAUUCUCUCCUAAACAAUGGGCCACAUAUUUCUCCUUGCAGACUCCAACACCACAGAGGGAGUGCAGGUCCGGCUGGUGAACGGACCCAGCCGCUGCGCCGGGAGAGUGGAGGUGUUUCACAACACGCAGUGGGGAACCGUGUGUGACGAUGGCUGGGACCUGAGUGAUGCCAAGGUGGUGUGCCAGCAGCUGGGCUGCGGGACAGCGGUGUCGGCCCCGGGCAAGGCUCACUUUGGGCAAGGGGCUGACCCCAUCUGGCUGGAUGAUGUGGAAUGCACGGGCACCGAAGCCAACUUCUCCCAUUGCAACCUGAACGGCUGGGGGCUCCACAACUGCAACCAUGAGGAAGACGCGGGAGUCGUGUGCUCAGGCACCAACCCCUUGCAGCUGCGGGUUAAGGAUGGUCGGAGUCCCUGCGCCGGGCGCGUGGAGGUGCAGUACAACGCCACCUGGUACAGCAUCUGCAGCAAUGGAUGGAGCUUUCUGGAGGCAGAGGUGGUCUGCAAGCAGCUGGGCUGUGGGGCAGCACAGUCCGUGCCCACGGGAGCCCAUUUCAGCCGGGAGCACCACCGUGCCUUCCUGGAGGGGCUGAGCUGCCGGGGCACGGAGUCGCUCCUCCUGGCGUGCCAGCGGAGCAAGAUCAGCCCAGGGCUGUGCAGGAAUGGUGCGGCAGCUGGCGUGGUGUGCUCAGAGCCUAAAGGCUCUCCAUCAUCCUGCUCCGCGCUGGUGGCACUGCUUGCCCUGGUGAUGGCGGCGAGUGGAGUCCUGCUGUGGCUCUACCUGAAAAGGAGGUGCAUCGGCGCAGACCUAGCUGCAGACCGUGGGCGCCCCAGGGAGCACGGUGCCUCCGCAACGCCUUUCCAGGCUGCAGGAGCCAUCUACUACCCGGCCAAGGGAGAGUCUCCCGAGGAUGCUGACACGGAGAUGACUCAGCUAAUGAAGGAAGACGCUGCCCUGUGA